AUGGAUCCGCUAGAAGAAGCGCCGUGGGCUGACGCGGCUACGACCAACACGAGCCAGUCGUCCUCCCAGCAUCAGCAGCAGGACGACAACAACGCUAUUUCAAAGCCAUCAGAAAGCAGUGCGGGUGGCUCCAGCUCCCUCUCUGCUAGCACCGGAGGUGCGCGACCGUCCAGACUCACGCCCCGUCGGCUCGUCGCCCAGCCUACCCGCCUGCAAGCUGUCGAGGAUGACCCGCUCGGCCCUCUCGGAGCACCGCCAUCAGCCGGCGCGACCACUCCUGGCGCAGCUCCGCUAUCGGAGAACUUGUCACCCACGGGCGGCUCUUCCGACACAGGCCCGCCCGCGCCACCCAAGGAGCACUCGCUCGCGAUACGGCCCGGCGGAGGAGCGCAGCAGCGCAGGGGAGGGCCUCCGGACCCGCACCGGAUCGACGACGACGACGACGACGACCGAUUGUUCGACACCACCAACCGUGGGCCCAGGGUUCCGCCACCUGUCGCGCCGGCGCCGCAGGGCUCCGGCGGGGCGGCAAGGCCCGGCGGGGUGGCGCAGAGCGUGAGCAUCGAGCAGGCAGCCAAGCCGACAUUUUGGAUCACGGUUGGCGACCCGCACAAGGUUGGAGAUUUGACUAGUUCGCAUAUUGUGUAUUCCGUGCGAACAAAGACGACAUCGAAGGGUUACAAACAACCCGAGUUCGAGGUCAAGAGACGAUACCGGGACUUUCUGUGGCUCUACAACACGCUCCAUGGAAACAACCCUGGCGUCGUGGUUCCGCCGCCGCCUGAGAAGCAGGCCGUUGGCCGUUUCGAGAGCAACUUUGUUGAGUCUCGACGGCAAGCACUCGAGAAGAUGCUCAAUAAGAUCGCGGUGCAUCCGACACUGCAGCACGAUCCGGACUUGAAGCUAUUUCUGGAGAGCGAGUCGUUCAAUGUUGACAUCAAGCACAAGGAACGGAGAGAGCCUCUCAACAUGGUUGGCGGCGAGAGCAAGGGCAUGUUCAGCAGUCUAGGCAUCGGAGGUAGCACGAACAAGUUUGUUGAGCAGGACGAUUGGUUCCACGAGCGCCGGGUUUACCUUGACGCAAUGGAAAAUCAGCUCAAAGCCCUGCUAAAGGCGAUGGAGACUAUGGUCGGCCAACGCAAGGCAAUGGCCGAGGCUGCAGGUGACUUUUCGGCAUCGCUGCACGCCUUAUCGACGGUGGAGCUUUCCCCGGCACUGUCGGGCCCCCUAGAUGCUCUUUCAGAACUGCAGACAACGAUUCAGGACGUAUACGACCGUCAAGCACAGCAGGACGUUCUGACAUUUGGAAUCGUCAUCGAGGAGUAUCUCCGGCUCAUCGGUAGCGUCAAGCAAGCAUUUGCACAGCGACAAAAGGCCUUUUACGCAUGGCAUGGUGCGGAGACAGAGCUUAACAAGCGACGGGCCACGCAGGACAAGCUGCUGCGUCAGGGCCGGUCGCAACAGGAUAGGCUCAACCACGUCGGUGCCGAGGUCGCCGAUGCCGAACGCAAGGUACACCAGGCGCGGCUGCUCUUUGAUGACAUGGGCAAAUUGAUGCGUACUGAGCUGGAUAGGUUUGAGAGGGAGAAGGUGGAGGACUUCAAGAGCGGCGUGGAGACGUUCCUGGAAAGCGCCAUUGAGGCACAGAAAGAGUUGAUCGAGAAGUGGGAGACCUUUCUCAUGCAGCUGGAUGCCGACGAUGAUGAAGCAGCGUUCUACAAACCGCCUGUCCUGGCUUCGGCUGACAACGGUGGCGGCAACAACAAGCCAGCCGGACAAACGGCUGUGGAUCGGGCCCGUGCAAGGAUCGACGAAGACUCGGAUUAG